GCUUAACAGAGGGAAACAGAGAGAGAGAGAGAGAGAGAGAGAGGGAACAGAAAGAGAGAGAGAGAGAGAGAGUCUCGCCUACGAUCUCUAUAAUGAAAGCCGUGAUUCUCUGCAUUCACUAGCUGUGCUCUGAGGUCGUAAUCUCUUCCCCAAUUGAAAACCAAGCAGAGAGGAUCGCAACCUGGUUUGCAUGGAAUUUGAGCUUUUUUAUCUUUGAGAAUUGAAAGGUUUUUUUAAGUGAAUUUAAGAAGUGGGAUUAUUAAAAAUCGAGGUUUGCCUAAAUGGGUAUGUCUCAAACUGAUGGAAGAAUGGAGGGCUGGUUGUAUCUCAUUCGUUCUAAUCGGAUUGGGCUACAGUACUCAAGGAAGCGUUACUUUGUUCUUGAAGGUCACCAUCUCAAAAGCUUCAAAUCAGUUCCCACUUCUAACAAUGAGGAACCUGUUAAAAGUGCUAUUGUAGAUUCUUGCAUUCGGGUCAUGGACAAUGGGCGGGAGAGCAUUCAUAGAAAAGUAUUCUUCAUAUUUACUCUCUACAAUACUUCCAAUCACAACGAUCAACUUAAGUUGGGAGCAAGCAGUCCUGAAGAAGCAGCAAGAUGGAUUCAUUCCUUUCAGGAAGCAGCUUUAAAGGGUGGUCCAGAUCUAGGAGAUAAUGCCAUUAAUUGUUCAAAGAGCAGAUGGCGGUCCUUUAGAUUGAGUGGAUCUAGCAGGACAAGUCGCAUUAAUUCUAUAGACUGGACUCUUUUCCCUUCUACCCAAGGAGAUCCUUUGACAUCCGAUGUUGUGGCUCCUUCUUCUUGGACAAUUUUUGGUUGUCAGAAUGGUCUACGACUAUUCAAAGAAGCAAAAGAUAGGGAUUCCCAUGGGAAGUGGGACGAUCAUCCUGCUAUUAUGGCUGUGGGUGUUGUUGAUGGAACUUCAGAAGCCAUCUUCCAAACUCUCAUGUCCCUUGGUCCCUCAAGAUCAGAAUGGGAUUUCUGUUUCUACAAGGGCAGUGUGGUUGAGCACCUUGAUGGUCAUAAUGAUAUCGUUCACAAGCAGUUAUAUAGUGAUUGGUUACCAUGGGGAAUGAAAAGGAGAGAUCUUUUGCUGCGACGUUAUUGGAGAAGGGAAGAUGAUGGGACGUAUGUUAUUCUCUACCAUUCUGUUUUCCACAAGAAGUGUCCACCUCAAAAAGGCUAUGUCCGAGCAUGCCUUAAAAGUGGAGGAUAUGUAGUAUCACCAGUCAACCAAGGGAAACAAUCAGUUGUGAAGCACAUGCUUGCUAUCGACUGGAAAUUCUGGAAAUCUUAUCUACGUGCCUCUUCAGCCAGAUCUAUCACCAUCCGAAUGCUUGGCAGAGUUGCUGCAUUACGGGAGCUCUUCAGAGCAAAAUUAGGAUAUCCUUCCUCAGAUUUUUCAUCUGGAGAGUUGAUGAGAAAUAUUGGUUUGAAUCAGAGUGAGAUAGACAGCAGGUUUGACAACCGAACAAUAACCGGGGAUGGGAACAAUAGAGGAAAUUUAUCAGAAGAAGUGGAUAAAACACCUUCUGAGCAUGCUAGUCUUGUUAGCCUGAAUGAUGCUGCUGAUGAAUUCUUUGAUGUUCCAGAACCCUCUGAUCGUGAUCAAUCAGAAGGUGAUUGGAGUCCUGAUUUUCUUUCAGAGACAUGCUCACAGGAUGUACGUCCACCAAAGUUAUCAACUGCUGCUGGAUUUGUGAAAAAAUUGCACGAUCUUGCAGAGACGAUGCAUGCUGCAGUUCAGAAGCGUGGCUAUGUGGACUUGCAAGAGAUGGCAAGGGAAGAAAGUAUCUUGUGCUGUUAUGGGUCAACUCUUCCAAAGGAUCCAACUUGUACUUUGGCUUGCAGUUGGACAACAGCAGAUCCUGCUACAUUCCUGAUUCGUGGAAAGAGUUAUCUAGAAGACCAUCACAAGGUUAAGGCAAAGGGCACCUUGAUGCAAAUGAUUGGUGCAGACUGGCUAAGAUCUGACAAGCGUGAAGAUGAUCUUGGAGGACGUCCAGGGAGCCUUGUUCAGAAAUAUGCAGCACAGGGUGGACAGCACUUCUUUUUCAUUGUGAACAUACAGGUACCCGGUUCAACGACUUAUAGCUUGGCGCUAUACUAUAUGAUGAAUACACGACUAGAAGAUUCACCCUUGCUGGAGAGUUUUGUUAAGGGAGAUGAUGCAUUUAGAAAUUCGAGGUUUAAGCUCAUACCAUACAUAUCUAAGGGUUCAUGGAUUGUUAAGCAGAGUGUGGGAAAGAAAGCAUGCCUCGUUGGUCAAGCACUAGAAAUAAAUUAUUUCCAUGGGAAGAACUACUUGGAGCUUGGGAUUGACAUUGGGUCGUCCACUGUUGCAAGGGGUGUGGUCAGUCUUGUUCUUGGUUACCUUAACAAUCUGGUUAUUGAGAUGGCCUUUUUGGUACAGGCAAAUACACCAGAGGAGCUUCCAGAAUAUCUACUUGGUACCUGCCGGCUUAAUCAUCUUGACGCUGCAAAGUCAGUUUUAGUUAAACCGUGAUUACGUCCAGAUUUAUGCUUGUUUAAGGGAAUUAUUUUGUCCCAGUCCAUUUUUAGUUGUCAGAGAUAUAUCUCUGGGAAUUAUUUUAACCCAAUCCAUGUGUAGUUGUCAGAGAUCUAUCCCUGAAGUAGGGGUCAUAUAGUGAACACUUAAAAAAAAAAAAAAAAUUCAGGAUGCAUGAUCUAUGCAAAGAUACUUGCAGAAGUCAAUUCUUUCAUUCAAAUUGAAAUGGGUAAUGCAUGGUGCUGUAGAUAUCAUUGGGAUGGACUGUCAAUCUUUGUAUAGGCGGAAUUUCUCAUUAAUUUCCAUUCUUCUAAAUAGAUUUGUGAUUUGUUCACCUUUUUCA